AUGCCAAUUCAAACUGAAAGAAUCGCCUUUGCUAACGCCCCAGCAACCGCCGCAGACACCAACUCUGCCGGAAUCCCUAAGCUCGGUUACGGAUGCUGGAACUUACCAAACGAGAAGGCUGCUGACCUUGUGUAUGCAGCACUUGAAGCUGGUUACCGUCACAUCGACUCCGCUGCAAUCUACCAAAACGAGCGUGAGGUCGGUCAAGGUAUUACACGUUGGCUCAAAGCAACUGGUACUCCACGUUCCGAGAUCUUUGUCACUUCGAAGCUCUGGUUGAACUCAAAGAAGCCAGAGAAUGUCACCAGAGGACUUAACAAGACUCUCGAGGACCUCCAAUUAGAGUACCUUGACUUGUACUUGAUUCACUGGCCAGGUGCCCUUGCAACAGGACCAAACUACGAUGGAUCCGCUCAAAUCCCACAAGACGACAAGGGUUUCCCACUCAAAGACCACAAUGUUGAGGAGAAGGACACGUGGGCUGCAAUGGAAACCCAAGUCCCACAAAAAUGUAAGAACAUUGGUAUCUCCAACUACACAAAGUCGGAAAUUGCAGACCUCCUCAAGACGGCAAAAAUCAGACCAUCAUCUCUCCAAGUUGAAUUACACGUCUACAACCAACAACCUGAGUUGGUCAAGUACGCACAAUCACAGGGCAUCCAAGUCACUGCUUACAGUCCAUUUGGUGGUUUGAACCACAUCUACGGCUCGAACGCUGAAGUUGUAGAAGAUCCAGCUGUGAAGGCUUUGGCGCAGAAAUACCAAACUUCUAACCACGGAAUAGCGCUUUCGUUCCUUCUUGCGAAGAACAUUUCACCAAUCCCAAAGACAGUUUCAAGAAUCAAGGAGAACUUUGAGUCUGUUGUUGCAUUGAGUGCUGAGGAUGUCCAGACUUUGGAAGGUGCAAACAAAAACAAGAGAUACAACGACGGCUCUGAAAUGCUCGGCUACAUCUACUUCAAGGAUGAAAAAGAUACUGGCACCAUCCUCUCUCAAAUUGGAAAGGCUGGUCUCUCCCGCGCACAGGCCAAAGUAGAGCACCUCGUUGGCAAAUAA